AGUGCAACGGACCGAUUAACCCUUAUAAACUAUUAUACUAGUCAACAUAUAUAUUCUUAAAUAAUUUACGUAUUCAGUUUCAAAAAAGUAUUUUUUCCCCCUCGAAAUAGCGUCAUAAAAUUGUUUGGAGUCAUUAGCAAGCUACGUUCGGCAUCAGUUACUAUAUUAAAUAUUAUACGAAUGUAUUGAUGGAGCGGUUAUGCGGAAAAGGUGAGGACUUUGAAUCCUCUCUGCUAAGUUUUGAAAAACUUGACCGAGCUUCACCAGACCUGUGGCCGGAGCAGUUGCCGGGUGUCUCUGAAUUUGCUGCAUCCUUCAAAAAUCCUAUCACAAAUUCUCCGCCCAAGUGGAUGGCUGAGCUGGAGUCAGAAGAUAUUGAAAUGCUGAAAGAAUUAGGAAGUUUGACCACAGCAAAUCUGAUGGAGAAGGUGAAGGGACUGCAGAAUCUGGCUUAUCAGUUGGGUUUGGAGGAAUCUCGAGAAAUGACAAGAGGGAAAUUCCUGAACAUCUUGGAGAGACCCAAAAAGUGAAGACCCAGAUGGUGACCGCUGACCUGUCGGGUCAGCUACCAAUUGAUUGUGAGCUUGUAAGGCAGAAAACAGUAGCAUGAUACGUAAAAUUUUAAACGUUUUCACUAAUAUUCGACGGAUUUGGGGUCAAAACACCAUGACACCAUAAUCAUUUUUUGGGGGGGUUUUUUGUAUAUAAGUUUAAUUUCUUUAAAUGACAGGCACUGAGUAGAAAGGGAACGAUAGUGGUGUGCUUUUCAGUAAAAGUUCAUAAAUGUAUUUAUUUUUCACUCUACAGUUUAAUACAAU